UGUAGAGCAACCAAUUUAAGAUUUUUCAUCUAGUUUUGAAAGUCGAUGUCUAACUAGUGGUGCUCCUGUUCUAGACAAGAUCGUCAGAUCAUCCCCCAUAGUGAAGCCCAUGAUGAGCACACAACAACUUUUUUUCCUGAUUUGUCUUGGUUCACUGGGCAUCUACUUUAUACAAAGUGGCAUGUUUGAAAGCAAGAAAAGCACACUUGCACACUGCUUAAGUACUGAACAAUCUAAAAUCUCAAUUUUGACGAAACUCCUCAGGCCAAAUGUUUCUUGUCAAGGAGCUGAACACUUAAAGAAAUUUGUGCCAUAUGAAAUGGAUAACAUACUAGAACGCAGAGCAAAUGAAUACAAGCAAUAUCAACUCAGGAGGAAGACAAACGCAGAUAUUAUUAUUGCCCCAGCCAACUCUCCUCUCCAAUAUCCAAUCACAGGUUUCAGGGUAGCUCCUCUGAAGAAAAGUUUGAUACCAGGUCUUGUUCUUCAAACACAAGGGAGAGGUUUAACAAACAAGAGGGAGGUGUACAAGGUGUCUUUGAGUGUGAAGAGUGGAGUGCUCUCAGUGGAGGAUCUUCUGGAUGGAGAUCAGGUGGAGGGACAGGGUCAGAGUGAACUGACCAUCUCAUCCAGCAACCUCACACAACUCAACGAUCUGCUGUCCAGAGUGACCUACACCAGCACCAUCUACCACAUCAGAACAUCAGACCUGGUUUCUUUCACUUUUGGGGAUCACAAGGCCAUAUUUCCAGUCAUGAUCAGGAGACCGUCAGUUCCUGUUUUGUAUGACCCAGGAAAAGAUAUCAACUCACAAGUGACCAUAAUAACCAAGACCUUUCUGAGGUAUAAGGAGCUGGGUGUCCUCAUCCAGAGUAUCAGGAAAUUUUACCCAAAGAUCAAGAUCAUUGUUGCGGAUGACAGCCUGAAACCUGAAAAUGUGUCUGGAAACAACAUUGAGCACUACAUCAUGCCUCCUGCACAGGGCUGGUUUGCAGGCAGAAAUCUGGCUGUAUCUCAACUCACAACUAAAUACUUCCUGUGGGUUGAUGACGACUUUGAGUUCUUGAAUGAGACACGGAUCGAGAGAUUUGUGGAGAUUAUGGAAGCGCUUCCGGAACUAGAUGUUCUUGGUGGUGAGGUUUCAGGUGACCAGUUCUACUUUGUUCUGGAGUAUGACGAGGGAGAUGAGAAUGACGGCGGCUGCCUAAGACGUAUUAGAGAGUUUCAUCAACCACUUCCAGGUUAUGAUGGCUGCUUUCUAGUGGAUGGUGUUGUGAAUUAUUUCUUGGCUAGGACUGAUGCUGUACGAAGGGUUGGCUUUGAUCCGUUCCUCAAAAGAGUCGCUCACACCGAGUUCUUCAUUGAUGGAGUUGGCAAGCUGAUGGUUGCUUCUUGUAAAGGCCUUUCUGUUGGUCACCAGACACAUCGGGCAGAGGAUGAAUAUGACUCUUAUAGGAAUCAAAGAAAAUCUGAUGAAAGGCGAAAACUGGCUCACCAUUUCUUUAAGAACUAUCUUAACUACAUCGAGUACUGAUUUUUUUUUUUAAACAAUCAAAUCUGAUUAUCGAUUAUUCACAAAACAUCUGCCAGUCACGUAAAAACAUCAUUGCUCACAUUAAACCUUUGUCCUUAUGACGUUAUACAUAUUAAUUUUUUUAACAUUACGAUUAAUAAGAUUGGUGUGUAUACAGGAUCACAAUAAAAGAUUUUAAAACAACACAAUAAACCAAGUAGACUGUUAAAAGAAUAGUUAUAUUAUCCAUCCCCUUAAACAGUCCAAGAAUCCCACUCUUUUUGAAGUGCUUUCUUAGCUAUUUUGUCUACCUUUUAAUUUUCUAUAAUACCCAUAUGUGCUGGGACCCACAUACAUAUAACAUCAUCUCCUUUAUUUUUUAUUCUUAAAUAGGCAGACAUAAUAUCAUAAAAAAAACUCCUGAUGAUUAAAGACAUAAACACACACUAAAAUGGAUAAGAGGCAUACAAUUGACCUAAACCAAUUAAAACUCUAUAAUACAUAAAAUUACUGUAAUAAAUAGGCGUUAAAACAUGCCCUUGUGUGACAGUGUCACAACUAGAUCCUUUUGUUCUAAAAUAAUUUCCAUCCCAUUUCUGUUUUACCAUUUAUUUCAAAGGUUUUAGAAAAAAUGUGUUUGACCAACUUCUUUUUACAGAAAUUAUUUUGUCAAACUAGGUUCUCUUCCUAUGUUGCUUCUCUCACCUGUGGCCUCCCUCAAGGCUUGAUAUUUGCGCCCUUCCUUUUUUCCCCUGUACAUGCUUCCUCUAGAUUCCAUUCUAAGGCAUAGGGUAUCUUUUUAUUUCUACACUGACGAUACCCAGAUUUAUUUACCUAUUAAGUGAAAUUAUCUCUGACUACUGUACUGUUUUUUUAUUUUAAAUGAAAAUAAAACAGAGGUGAUUGUU